UGCUGGGAUUCAGACACUGACCUGCACUGACCAGGGAUACACAGGUAGGAAGACACAGCGAAAUCCUCUAAAAAGAAGAAGAGGAAGACAAACAAUUGCAUCUCUGCAAAUACUCCUAAACUAGAAGAUCACUGAUUUUGUCUGCCCCCUCCAGAAUGUGGCUCCAAGUGUAUUUCCUGUGUCUAUCCUGCCUAAUUUUGCCAAGCCAAAGCCAGGUUGAAGAUCGAGCCUCCCUCCGCCGCUCCAAUGACCCUACUGGACGCUGCCACUACACCUUCACCGUGGCUAGUCCAGAGGAGUCCAGCUGCCCUGGAGGCAGCAUGAAACCAGAGAUGGAUGGAGUCUUAUCCCGGCUCACCCUGCUGGAGGCUUUGGUCAGCCGGCUCCUAGCAGGGGCAGACACAGGCACCGGGACUGGGGACAAGUCUAAUGGCAAAGAGGGUCUCCAAGAAGCUUAUGCCCAGGUCACAGCGGAAAGAAAGCAGCUGCAGCAGGACAAGGAGCAUCUGAACAGGCAGAUCCAGGAGCUGCACCGGAGGGUGGGCAAGCUGAACCAGGAGGCAGAGAUCCUCAGGCAGAAGCCCUGCCAGCAAACACACCCUUCAGGGGUGGCUCAGCGUGAAAGCAGACCUGCCAGCGACCCUGCAUAUGAUCCUGGGAAUGGGGCGUACCAGGAGAUGAAGGCUGAGGUGACAGAGGUUCCAGCAUCCCACCUUAUCCCUGAAGUAACUCACAACCUCACAGUCUGUGGGGAGCUGCUGUCAGUGGGAGAUCCUGUGUUGCACAGGAAGGCUGACAGUAUCACAGGCAAGUAUGGAGUGUGGCUGCAGGAUCCCCAGCCUCAGGGCCCUCACUACACCAACAAAACUGUGUGGCGACUUGAUGCAGUGGGCAAAGACAUACGUCAGCUCUUUGUAUAUGAAGACAUGGAUCAAUUCUCCCGAGGCUUCCCCAUGAAGGUCCUGGUCCUGCCAGAGCCUGUGGAAAGCACAGGGGCAACAGUGUACCGCGGCUCCCUCUACUACCAGCGCAAACGCAGCCGUACCCUGAUCCGCUACGACCUGUCCUCUGAGAGCCUGGCAACACGUCUGGACCUGCCUCACGCCGGCUUCCACGGCCAGCACCCUUACUCCUGGGGAGGCUACACAGACAUCGACCUGGCAGUGGACGAACAAGGCUUGUGGGCCAUCUACAGCACAAGCAAGGCAAAAGGUGCCAUUGUGAUAUCACAACUGGACCCUGAGAACCUGGAAGUGAAGAAGACCUGGGAGACCAACAUCAGGAAGAACACAGUGGCCAAUGCUUUCAUGGUGUGUGGACGUCUGUACACAGUGGCCAGCUACACCACACCCAACACCACCAUCAACUAUGUGUUUGACACAGCCACCAGUGUGGGGAGGGCAGUCUCUGUGCCAUUCAAGAACAAGUACCGUUACAACAGCAUGUUGGACUAUAACCACGCCCAGAGGAAGCUGUAUGCCUGGGAUAACUUUCACAUGGUCACCUAUGAUGUCAGACUUGGCAGGGUCAGCCAUGGCAGCAGCUAAAGAGGACACAGACAGAGAGAGACUGCUGUUUACUGGACUGCGCUCAUGUGAGAGCAAGUGAAUGAGAUAAUACAUAUUAUCAUUUACAUUGUAUUGAGGUUAUUACAAGGCUCAGUCAUCUGUGUUUUUGCAUCAUUAAAACCUAUUUUGUCUAUUACUACUGUAAAUAAGAUAUAUUAUGAUGUCACAGAAAUAUUAAUGUAGCUGUGAUAGAACUGAUGAUCUCAGUUAUUAUUACAAACAGUAAUAAUGGUUGAAAAAUGUGAGCUAGUUUUGUUAUCUGUUAAUAAAUGUUCAUAUUAUUUAAGUUUUCAAUAAAGUCUUUAAAACAACA